UGAUGCGCAGAGACCUGCUUCUUGUGGCCUCCAGUCCCACGAGACUCCUUGUGCAGACAGCUGGGGAGCUAGCCAAAGACCUGCCCUUGGCCAGAAGCAAAGAUUUGACACCAGCAUCCUGCCCAUCUGCAAGGACUCCCUGGGCUGGAUGUUCAACAAGUUGGACAUGAACUAUGACCUCCUGCUUGACCACUCAGAGAUCAAUGCCAUCUACCUGGAUAAGUAUGAGCCCUGUAUCAAGCCUCUCUUCAACUCCUGUGACUCCUUCAAGGAUGGCAAGCUCUCCAACAACGAGUGGUGCUACUGCUUCCAGAAGCCUGGAGGUCUCCCUUGCCAGAAUGAAAUGAACAGGAUUCAGAAGCUGAGCAAGGGGAAAAGCCUGUUGG